AUGCUGGUCCCUGAUUCUCGCAGCGUCGCUUUCGCAACCGGUUCCAGGACAGCAUUGAAAGCCUGGAAGACCGACCCGGUGUUCCAGCCGUACUUCCAUGAAACCGACUUCAUUGUUUCGGGGCACACUCCUGCCUUGACUGAGCACAUCAAGACCGACUCGCCCGCGGCAGAUGUCGAAGCCUUGGUGGGUUUAUUGUGGAUACUUUAG